GCGUUUAUUCAAAAUGAUCUGUGACAAAAUCAUUAUGCUCUCCUUUUCCGCUUCACGAACCCAAAUGAAUUCUCUCCUCAAUCCAAAAAUCCCCUCCAGAAUCUCACUCUUUCAACUCAAGUUUCUAUCUUCGCUUGCCGUUGCGGAAAACCCAUCUUUUUUCCCCAUCGAAAACGACCAAAUUCCCAGUCGAUUUGACCCUUUUCAGUUCUUCAAUGAUUAUGCAAAAUCAAGACAGUGUACCGUUAGAAUCACUAAAAUCGUACACACCCAUUUGACCACAACCGGUUUGCUUCAAUCCGAUAUCUUCCUCUCAAAUUCAUUGCUUGAUUUGUAUUGUAAGUCCGCUGCCAUGGUAGAUGCACUCAAGCUGUUUGAUUUAAUUGCUGACCGAAAUUUUUUUUCGUGGAAUAUCAUGAUUUCGGGUUAUAACCACAUUUCGUUAUUCAAGAUGGGAUGGGAAAUGUUUUGUAGGAUGCACACUUCGAGUUUUGGGCCCGAUGAGUUUGCCUAUGGGAGUGUUCUUUCGGCUUGCACUGCCUUGCAAGCUCCUAUUUUUGGGAAGCAGGUUUAUUCGCUUGCAAUUAAAAAUGGGUUCUUUCCGAAUGGUUAUGUUCAGUCCGGAAUGAUAGACUUGUUUGCGAAAAAUUGCAGCUUUGAAGAUGCUUUGAGGGUUUUUCAUGAUGUUUCAUGUCAGAAUGUUGUGAGUUGGAAUGCUAUUAUCUCUGGGGCUGUGAGAAAUGGAGAGAAUAGGGUUGCUUUGCAUCUUUUUCGGAAAAUGUUCCGUGGAUUCCUGUUGCCAAAUAGUUUUACAUUUUCUAGUGUUUUAACCGCUUGUGCUGCGCUUGAAGAAAUUGAAGUCGGGAAGGAAGUGCAAGGGUUGGUGAUUAAACACGGUGCAGAAGAUGUCUUUGUUGGGACUACUAUUGUAGAUUUAUAUGCCAAAUGUGGAGAAAUGAAUGAAGCUGUCAAGGAAUUCAAACAUAUGCCAACCCAUAAUGUGGUUUCUUGGACUGCCAUCAUUUCCGGUUUUGUGCACAAGGACGAUUAUAUUUCUGCCCUCAAAUUUUUCGGAGAAAUGAGAAAAGUCGGAGAGCAAAUGAAUAAGUACACUGUUACGAGUGUACUUACUGCAUGUACUAGACCAUCCAUGACUGAAGAGGCAACCCAAAUUCACUCUUUGAUUUUGAAAUCUGGAUUCUUGUCAGCUGCCGUUGUGGGGUCAGCGUUAAUUAAUGCAUAUUCAAAAAUAGGAGCAGUCGAUCUAUCCGAGAUGGUGUUCAGAGAGAUGGAAAAUAUAAAGGAUCUCAGGACAUGGGCAGCAAUAAUAUCUUCUUUUGCUCAGAAUCAAAAUUCUGGAAGGGCAAUUGAAUUGUUCCUGAGAAUGUUACAGGAAAGUGUGAGACCAGAUAAGUUUUGUACUUCCAGUGUCUUGAGCAUUGUAGACUGUUUAAAUCUAGGGAGACAGAUCCACAGCUACACUCUUAAAAGUGGGUUGGUAUUUGAUGUUUCUGUUGGUAGUUCUCUUUUCACAAUGUACUCGAAGUGUGAUAGUCUAGAGGAAUCUUACAAAGUUUUUCAGCAAAUUCCUGACAAAGACAAUGUUUCAUGGGCCUCAAUGAUUGCUGGUUUUGUGGAACAUGGCUGUGCAAAUCAAGCCCUUCAGCUAUAUAGAGAGAUACCAUUAGAAGAAAUUGUACCCGACCAGAUGACUUUAACUGCAAUUCUAACCGCAUGUUCUGCCUUGCGUUCCCUACGGACUGGUAAGGAAAUUCAUUGUCACGCUCUUCGCAGGGGAGUUGAACAAGAUGUACUUGGUGGGGCAAUUGUGACCAUGUACUCAAAAUGUAGUGCUCUAUCAUUGGCGAGGAGGGUGUUUGAUAUGCUUCCACAAAAGGAUGAGGUUGCAUGCUCCUCCUUGGUUUCAGGGUAUGCCCAAAAUGGGUAUGUCGAAGAGGCGCUUCAGCUAUUUCAUGAAAUGCUGAUGGCAGAUUUGACUAUUGACUCCUUCACAAUUUCCUCCAUUCUAGGGGCCAUUGCACUUUUGAAUGGAUUAAGUAUUGGGACUCAACUGCAUGCCCACAUCACGAAAGUUGGCUUCAAUUCACAUGUUUCUGUCGGCAGUUCACUAGUGACAAUGUACUCAAAAUGUGCAAGCAUUGAAGAUUGCCUCAAAGCAUUUGAUCAAAUUGAGAAGCCAGAUCUAGUUUGUUGGACAGCUAUGAUUGUGAGCUAUGCUCAACACGGGAAAGGCGCAGAGGCUUUACAAGCAUACGAGCUUUUGAGGGAACAAGGAAUCAGGCCUGAUUCAGUGACUUUUGUUGCACUUUUAUCUGCCUGUAGUCAUAACGGAUUGGUUGAAGAAGCUUAUUUCUACUUUAGUUCAAUGGUUCAAGACUAUGGCCUAAAGCCUGGUGAUCGUCACUAUGCCUGUAUGGUUGAUCUUCUUAGUCGAUCAGGCAGACUGAAGGAGGCUGCAACAUUCAUUAACAAUAUGCCUAUUAAACCCGAUGCUUUAAUAUGGGGAACACUGCACGCUGCUUGUAAAGUUCAUGGCGAUAUGGAGCUUGGAAAGCUAGUAGCUAAUAAGAUGAUGGAGUUGGAGCCAUCAAUGGAUCCUGGGGCAUAUGUUUCCAUUUCAAACAUGUAUGCAGAUGUGGGCCAGUGGGAAGAAGUCAUCAAGAUUAGAAACCAGAUAAAGGGAACUGAUAUGAGAAAGGAACCUGGUUGGAGCUUUGUGUGAGCUGUAAGUAUAAUAUGAUCUGCGAAAUACAGUCUCACUUCGCAAUCAGACAGACACUUGUACUUACUGCACAUAGAUUUGAACAAGCAUGCCUAGGCGAGCAUAAGUUUGGGAUUACGUAGAUCUGAGGCCAAGCUGGUCCGAAAAGCCUAACUGACCGAUCAUUACAAAUACAGAGGGAAGAAGAUCAAGGCACAUGCAAUUUUCGAUGAAAAAAGGAAGAAUCAUUUUCCUGGAACUGUUCUUUUUGUUUGGAUGUAGUUCUUCUUGAUGACAAAUCAACUAAGAAAGAGGCUGCAGAACGAGAGAACUGUGGCCAAUGUUGCAGAGUUCGUGUAAACGCCUAUCGGACAUCAUUGUUAUACAGAGAUGGGUGCUCAAGGGGCAGUAUGGAGCUUCAACCCAGGACAGAACACAUCGAAAUUGAUUGAUCUUAACGUCGUUCCAACUUCUAGCUCGUAAUUCAUAUGUAAGCAGCCAACAGAUGGAUUUUGUACAGUUUUACUCGUAGAAAUUCAUUUCUUCUAUGAUGGAAAUAACGUUUACAAAAUUGUAUUAACAUCUUUCUCAA